AUGAUGGGAGCUAACACACUACCUAGUACGUUGAGUGAAGCAGAGACUUUGGUUCAAAGUGACACAUCGGUAUACGGCGCCCACAAAAGGAAAGGACAGAGGCAUGCCGAGCCAUUGGAAGACCACGACGCCGCAGCGUGCACUGUCAGUCAAGGGGAAGCCUUGGGCGAGACGAGUGCCUUGAUUGAUGCCACGAGUCGACGUACCCUGCACGUGCUCGCCCGCCCGCAGUCUUCGACACUCAAUGCUGCCCUUUAUCAGGCUAAAAGUCUCCACAACGUUCGACAGAAUGCGCUCGUUUUGGGCCCGUACGGGAGACCACCCGAUCUCACCCGCUUCGGGAUUGUGUUACUUGUCGUAGAGGAUAUCGGCAUCGCGCGCGUAUUUUCACUCAUUCAGGAGCUUGUUCUAGCGAGUGAACAACACCGUGCCAUGGUACGGAAGCUCAUCGUUGUCUGGCAAAUGGAGGACUUAGACAAUCGUCGUUGGGUGAACAUGCAGCAUUUGCUUGACCUCGACCGUCAAGAAUUCAAGUGUGUGCUCGGCGGACUAUCCGUGACCAGGUGGUUGGACACGGACCCGGUGCGGGAAACUGCUGGAGCAUCGACCCACCUCAAAUGGGUUAACUCUAGAAUAGCUGAAGGACGAGGCUAA